GAAUCUUUUUGCUUUAAUACCUUGACGGUAAAAAAAAAAUGUCCAGACCAGAACUCCAGGCACCUCCAGAAAUAUAUUAUGGUGAUACCGAGGCCAAAAAAUACACGAAAAAGUAUACCCUCUUCGUCAACCACGCAUUUUUCUCUCCGCUAAAGACUUAGUGAAGCACCCGGAACCAGCAAAUACAAGCGGAUAUGACAUACCGUGCUAUCGAACUGUUAAAUCUGCCACCAGAUGAGCCAGCUUUUUUAUUAGACAUUGGGUGUGGGUCUGGAUUGUCUGGAGAAAUAUUAGAUGAGGAGGGAUACGUAUGGGCGGGAGUAGACAUCGCACCUAGUAUGCUGGAGAUUGCUUUAGAACGAGAAAUUGAGGGUGACUUGUUUCUUCAAGAUAUAGGUCAGGGAUUUGGGUUUAGACCUGGAACUUUUGACGGGGCUAUAAGUAUCUCCGUGCUUCAAUGGCUCUUAAACGCAGAAACCUCCCACCCAACAUCCUCUCCCCCUCACCGCCUCACCCGUUUUUUCACAACCCUACACGCGGCCCUCCGAAACCCUUCACGAGCCGUGUUUCAGUUUUAUCCGUCUUCAGAUGACCAAGUCCAACUCAUAACGUCGAUAGCGCAAAAGGCUGGGUUCGGCGGAGGUGUGGUCAUCGAUUAUCCGAAUUCGAAUAAAGCAAAGAAAGUGUUCCUGUGUUUAUUUGUCGGAGGCGGGGGUGGGGCUCAGCAGGUGCCGAAGGGGUUGGAUGGAAAGGCCGUCGAAGAUGGGAUGGUGAGAUUUGAAAAGAGAAGAGGGAAGGAAUCAAACCGUGAUCGAGGCAAGAAGAGAAAAUCGGCCAAAGUGCAAGACCGUGACUGGAUAUUGAAAAAGAAGGAGCUAUAUCGCAAACGAGGGAAAGAGGACGUACCGAGAGACUCAAAGUAUACUGGACGUAAGCGGAAACCGGCUUUCUGAGUUGAUUACGUCCUUUUGUAUUGCUGAGAUCUACACCAAUGC